CAGGUGCUAAUGACUGUCUGCUCUUCUCCCACAGAAAGCGUUGAUCAUGUUGGGCUCUGGGUUCAAGGCUGAGCGCUUGCGAGUCAACCUGCGCCUUGUUAUCAAUCGCCUCAAGCUGCUGGAGAAGAAAAAGACGGAGUUGGCCCAGAAGGCGAGGAAGGAGAUUGCAGAUUAUCUGGCAGCUGGGAAAGAUGAGCGCGCCAGGAUUCGUGUGGAGCACAUCAUCCGAGAAGAUUACCUGGUGGAGGCCAUGGAGAUCCUGGAGCUGUACUGCGAUCUGCUGCUCGCCCGCUUUGGCUUGAUCCAGUCCAUGAAGGAGCUGGACUCCGGCCUGGCAGAAGCCGUGUCUACGCUGAUAUGGGCUGCCCCGCGGCUCCAGUCGGAAGUGGCCGAGUUGAAGAUUGUUGCUGACCAGCUGUGUGCCAAGUACAGCAAGGAAUAUGGGAAGCUGUGCCGGACAAACCAGAUCGGGACAGUCAAUGACAGGCUGAUGCACAAGCUGAGUGUAGAGGCACCACCCAAGAUCCUGGUGGAGAGAUACCUCAUUGAGAUUGCCAAGAACUACAACGUACCCUACGAGCCCGACUCGGUGGUGAUGGCUGAAGCCCCUGCAGGUGGAGAGGCAGAUCUGAUCGACGUGGGAUUCACAGAUGAUGUGAAGAAAGGUGGCCCUGGAGGGGGAGGUGGUGGAUUUACAGCCCCGCUGGUUGGUCACGAUGGAAUAAUGCCCAUGCCAAUGCCAAUGCCCAUGCCCAUGCCAUCACCAAACCCACCGUUCUCUUAUCCGCCCUCAAAGGCACCAGAGAACUUCAAUGGCAUACCAGUGGGGACUUACCAGCCUUUUGCUAACAUUCAUCCACCACCAAUUCCAUCAAACCCACCAACGUAUGAGUCUAUCGAUGAGCCUAAUGCUGACAAAGAUCCUUCUUCGGCACAGGUGUCUGGGCCUGGGCCCAAGCCAGAGCCAACUCCAAAACCAAGAGCUGGAGUUCCUGAUAGCUUUGAAAACUUUGUGUUGCCGGAAUUGCCAUCAGUGCCGGAUACUCUGCCGACAGCAUCUGCUGGCGCCAAUUCUUCUGCCUCCGAAGACAUUGACUUUGAUGAUCUUUCUCGGAGAUUUGAGGAGCUAAAGAAGAAAACAUAAGACUGCCUGGCCUGUAGCUCCAAU